AGCUCAAUAGUUUAACUUCAAAAAUAAAGAAAGAUAAUCAACAUUUUAAUUCUGCAAUAAAUUAAAUCAGAAGUUGAAGGACACACACCUCUAUAUAUCCCUCAUCACUACACACGUAGAAAAGAGAAAGAGACACCAAACCAUCACAUAAAACAAAACAGAGCACAUAACCCAUUUUGUGUGUUUCUGCCUUUCUGUCUCCGCCAUGGAAGCUAAGAAGUCCAACUCCAACAAGAUCAGAGAGAUCGUUAAGCUUCAACAGAUCCUCAAGAAAUGGCGGAAACAAGCACAUGCAUCAACAACAGCCAACAACAAGGACGACAACAAUAGCAAUGGCGGAGGAAGCAAGGGCAUCAAGUUCCUGAAGAGGACACUAUCAUUUACAGACGCAACAGCCGUGCCUAAAGGGUAUCUAGCUGUCUCGGUCGGCUUAGAGAAGAAGAGGUACACAAUACCAACGGAAUACCUUAGCCACCAAGCUUUCCAUGUUCUUCUGCGCGAAGCAGAAGAAGAGUUUGGGUUUCAACAAGCCGGUGUCUUGAGGAUUCCUUGCGAAGUUGCUGUUUUCGAGAGCAUGUUGAAGAUAAUGGAGGACAAGAACGAAGGGUACCUGGUGACGACAACAACGGCUAAACAGGAUUGUAAAUUCAACACAGCAGCUGAUGACAAGACGAGAUAUGGGCAUCCAUCUGGUUGCCCUCCGACUCCUUCACACCAACCUCACAGCCCAAUGUGCAGAUAGUUUCCUUCGUUAAUAAUGCUUUGCUUCUGUGUCUUCUUCCUCUCUUGUUGACUUGAGCCAUUCUGCUUAUUUCCAUCAUCCCACUUUUUCUCUAGGGAUUUGGAUUUGUGUGGUUAUGUAACUUCUGAGAGGUUUGUCAUUUCUGCUUAUUUCCAUGUACAAACGGAUCAUUGUAACUGAAAUGAGAACCUCUAUUCCUGGUUUCUCUACUCUGUUUUAAGUUUUUGGUGUAAUCUUGUACACAAGAACUAAUAUAAUACUAUAUACAGUUUAUAAUA